UGUUCUCAAAUCUAUCUCAUUGCCUGCAUUCUUAAUUAAGGAAAAUACAGGACCUAUUAAAGUGAGUGAAUAUUGUAUCAUUCAUAGAUGUUAAAUCGUUCCAUUUGCUGCUACUUAUGUAGGUACUACAGGCCUAUAGGUUUUGACGUUUUCGUGCUAAUUGACGAAUUAAAAAAACCUAUAAAACGUCAUCGGUGGUUGCUUUGUGUCAGUGCCUUGUCUUAUCUUCACGAACAAUUUAUCUAAACAAUAGAAUUUCCAGAUGGUACCGUUUUGUAUGUGUACAAAAAUACAAAAAUAAGUGUCAGUAAACGUUUUUGAAGUGUUGUCCGUGAUCAUUAUGUGAUUACUUUCUCUUUUAUCGCUUCAGUGACUGUGAAUUGCGACACACAGAAUGAGUCGUUCUACCAACGAAAUGUUAUUCAGCCUAUCGGACACCCCGAAUGGGACGAUCGAUGAUAGCUGCAUGCUAGUGAACACAUCGCAGAGUAUUAUCAUCACGGGUGCCUACAAUGGAAUCCCUCAGACUUUGAUCCUAAAUUUGAUAGCAUGGUCGUUCCUUAUUUUAUUGUUUACUGUGCUUCGAAGGACGGCAUGGAACUACGGGAGAAUGGCACUCGUCCAGCGCACCAGGGGUCGCUGGACAAACUUAUUCUAUCGCGCUCGAGAUGGUGAUGCAUUGGUCGAGCGCCGCCGCAGUGCAGACGAGUCUUCAAACAUUGACGAAGGGCUCUUUACGUGGGUGCCGGCCGUGUUUCGCAUCACUCGUGAACAGGUUCUCAUAAAGUGUGGUCCUGAUGCUGUGCACUAUCUUUCCUUCCAGAGACACGCUAUUACACUAAUGUUCAUCAUAACCUUAGCAUCCAUUGGUAUUAUCUUGCCCAUAAAUUUCCAAGGGACCAAUUUAAAUGUGGACACUGGAACAUUUAGUCGAACAACACUUUCCAACUUAAAUGGAAGAUCUUACUGGCUUUGGGUACAUACCUUACUGUGCAUCUCUUUCUUACCUAUAUCAGUGCUUAUCAUGAGAAGAUGCACUGGGCGCAAACCCGUCCCUACAUCUAUGACUGGGACCAUCAUGAUAACGAACAUAGCCAAGGCUGACAGAAAUGAGUCAACCAUUCGAGCCUAUUUUGCUCACAACUUUCCUCAUAUACAAAUUGUAGACCUUCGCUUAGCUUAUAACAUCAACAAGCUCAAUGAAGUUUUAGAACAAAAAGAAAUGGUAACUGAAGCUUUAAUCUACACUGAUACAUAUUUCAAGAAGACUGGGAAACGUAUUGCUGUUAAACCAACUUUGUGUGGACCUGAAAUUGAUGCUUUGGAAUUUUACACAAAUGAAGAAAAGAGGUUAAAAGAUGAAGCUAAGAGAAGUCGUGCCAUGGUCCUCAAUGAUCCUUUGGGAGUUGCCUUCUUAACUUUACCCUCAUAUCAGCUAGCUGAACAUGUGAUGAACCACUUCAGUCUCCAUCGUGGCUGGGUGCUGUCACAUGCUACUAACCCUGCAGAUAUUAUUUGGGAGAAUCUAAGUGUGAAGCCUGGAAUCUGGUAUGUUAAGGCCAUCAUAGUCAACUUUUUCCUCUUUGUUGUUUUGUUUUUCUUGACUACUCCUGCAUUUGUUGUUAGUUUGUUCAACAGGACCGUGGUCAAACCAGAUUCUCCUAACAAAAUUACUUCUAUCAUCUAUGAUUUCUUGCCCACAUUAUUAUUAUGGACCAUGGCUGCAGUGAUGCCAGCCAUUGUAGCAUUCUCUGAUAAAUUCUUGUCACACUGGACCAAGUCACAGCAAAAUUAUUCAAUUAUGACAAAAACUGUAUCAUAUCUCCUACUGAUGACCUUGAUCUUGCCAUCAUUAGGUCUCGCCAGUGCCGAGGCCUUCCUUAUGUGGACAUUACAACACCAGAAUAACACAAUGCGUUGGGACUGCGUGUUUCUCCCUGACAAGGGUGCUUUCUUUGUGAAUUAUGUUAUCACCUCAGGCUUUAUUGGUACUUCAUUAGAGUUGAUUCGUUUUCCGGAAUUGUUCUUAUAUGUGUGGUAUCUAUUGCAAUCAAAAUCGAGAGCGGAAAAAAGUUACGUGAAAAAGGCUAUAUUGUACGAAUUCCCAUUCGGCGUGCACUACGCUUGGAGCAUUGCGAUAUUUUCCAUCACCACGGUGUACAGUCUGGCGUGCCCGCUGAUCGCGCCGUUCGGGCUCAUCUAUCUAAUGCUGAAGCACGUGGGGGACAAGCACAACUUGUACUUCGCGUACGGGCCAAGCGACAUGAGCGGCAUGGGCGGUGGUCGGAUCCACGCCACCGCUGUCAGACUCAUACGAGUCUCCGUUCUCCUCUUACUGAUCAGCAUGGCCGCCUGGGCUGGUCUCCGGGCCGGCUUCGAAGCUAGAACUAUAAUAUUGAUAAUGGCCUCGAUUGUGGCUUUCGGGACGUUUUUGCUGUUGAGUCCGUUUCCGAGUUGCACCCCACCCGCGCCCCUGCAGGCCGAGUCCAGUGUGAGGUUCCAAGAGUACAUCGCCCCCGUGCUACUAAAGCCGGUGGAUACGCCCCCGACAACGACGCCGACGACCCCGGAUUACGGGGCAUCAUCGCCUGUUAACAACAAUUCAUACAAUUCGGGCCCCAUCAACAUUUAAAAUAUAAAUCGUUACUUGCAAUCUUAUUUUAUCACGUGAUAAUUAUUACAUUUUCGUUAAAAGAUGGAUGCUAUCUCGCGAUAAUAAUGAAGAAAAUGAUAGCUAUCGAUUUUUUGUCGAUGUCGAUUUGAUAAAAAGUAUUAAUGUGUGAUUAAAAAUAUAUAUCAUUGUAAAUAAAUGUGCAAUAUUUUUGUAUUUAAUUUAAAAACAGGACUUGUAUCCAAGAUAUUUUAGACAAAAAUACACAUCUACAAAAUAAAUAAAUAAAUAAAAUAAAUGUAACGAAAUUUUUGACUGUUUACGUUUCAUACAUGCUUUUUUUUCGUGAAAAUUCGACUAAUUUAAUAUUUCAAAAUAGUAUGAAAACAUCAGAUUGUGUUUUAUAUAAUAGUAAUGCACUUCUUAUUCGAACUAGUUACAUUUACAAAAAUGCAAAAUUUUAGAUUUUAGAGUGAGUGUGUUAAUCAAUUGGAAUUACUCAGUAUUGUCACGCCGCACACGCGCGAGUUUCAAAGGUCGUUCAUUAAAAACGAACUUCCGAACGGAAAAUUAAAGAAAAUUCCACUCUACUAGAGAGAUUGAUCUAACUAGUUUGUUAUUGUAUACGCUCUCAAUAUUAUUGUUUAUCGCAUGUUAGUUUAACCUGUGACUGGCUGUGAUCAUGAACACAAAACAGAAUUUGAAAGUACAUAAAAAUAUUCUUUUUAUGUUCUUUCGUCCUUAUUAUUUUUUUAUUUUUUAUUGCUUAAAUGGGUGGACGAGCUCACAGCCCACCUGGUGUUAAGUGCUUAUGUGGCCCAUGGACAUCUACAACGUAAAUGCGCCACCUUGAGAUAUAAGUUUUAAGAUCUCAGUAUAGUUACAACGGCUGCCCCACCCUUCAAACCGAAACGCAUUACUGCUUCACGGCAGAAAUAGGCUAGGCGGUGGUACCUACCCGCGCGCACUCACAAGAGGUCCUACCACCAGUAAAAUUACUUACUUGCAUAAUAUAAAUAUUACUAAUAUAAAUUUGCAUAAUAAUAAUUUAAAAAAAUCGCAGUAUUUAAUAAUGAUCCACAUUAACACGGAACACAGAUUUAUAUACCGACGACGGCCGGUAUCCCACCAGGUCCGGCCUUUGUCAAAGCACUCAUCCAUCUUGGUUAUCAACCCAAGCUUCCCGUGUGGCACCUGUUACCGAUCCAAUCAUUUGUUAUUCGCUUACUAAACACCGAGAUCUAUUUAGCUCGUAUGACGCAUUAUCAGCGCCCAUUAAAAAGUCCAGGUAUCACACUUAAACAACUCAUCGAGUCUUUAUAAAGGCGCUUAUAUUAUUUAGUUACGUUUUAAUAUUGUGAUAUUUCUUUCACUACCGAACUAUUUAAUCUAUUUCUGUACCUAGAUUUUGUUUUGGCCAAAAGUAAUACUAAUCUGAAAUGUACAUACCUACUAUGUACUCAGUACGUUUUUUUUGUACCUUUUAUUUAUAAAAGAUCUAUUAUGUAGUUACAUUGUAUAGGGAGAAUUGUGGUAGUUCUAUGAAAAAGUUUUAAUUUUGUUAUUUUUUAUUGAUGAGAUUUUAUUUGUUGAUUUAUACUGUUAUAUACAAUACCCACUAUUCAGUUAUGUACUAGCCAGAUGUUUUGUAUUGUUACCUUAAAGUUUUUAAUAACUAAUAGAAAAAUCAAUACUUAAUAAAAUAAAUCAAUGUUUUACGAUAUCACGUACCAUUAACGAAAAAUAAAUGUUUUUCAACUAUAA